GCUGAUUUAACGCUGAUUCUACGACUAGAGGUUUUUCGCUUUCAUCACGUCAGAUUGAUACUCGCAAACCCGGACGUAACCAACGCCUAUUCGCCGGAGAGAAACGAUGCAGACCAUAAAGUGUGUGGUGGUUGGUGAUGGAGCUGUUGGAAAGACCUGCCUCCUCAUCUCCUACACGACCAACAAAUUCCCAUCUGAAUAUGUUCCCACGGUGUUUGAUAACUAUGCCGUAACAGUGAUGAUCGGAGGCGAACCAUAUACAUUGGGGCUUUUUGACACUGCAGGUCAGGAAGACUACGACAGACUUCGGCCUCUCAGCUAUCCGCAGACAGACGUCUUCCUGGUUUGCUUCUCUGUCGUUUCUCCUUCCUCCUUUGAGAACGUGAAAGAGAAGUGGGUACCAGAGAUCUCUCACCACUGUCCACGCACUCCAUUCCUUCUGGUGGGCACUCAAGUCGAUCUGAGGGACGACAGUAACACUGUGGAAAAACUUGCCAAAAACAAGCAGCGCCCCAUAUCGCCCGAAAGUGGGGAGAAGCUGGCCAGAGACCUCAGAGCUGUGAAAUAUGUAGAGUGCUCCGCCCUCACGCAGAGAGGCUUGAAGAAUGUAUUCGACGAGGCGAUACUUGCCGCGCUUGAACCUCCCGAGACGAAACCGAAGAAACGCUGCAUCCUCUUGUAGGAAGAUCAGUAGCGAGUGAUACCCCCUCACUUCAACAUGAGGGGGUGGAGGAAACAAAAUGUUCUGGUGGGGUUUUAAGAUUGGUAGGGUUUGGCUUUGGAAUAGAGAGUUUAAUUGGAAAAAAUAAUGGGAACAAAAUGGCGAAAAAUGAACUAGAGAUAUUGGGCAAAGAAAUGGUAUUGUA